AAUCUGUGGUCUUGGGCACGUCCUCCUAAUCUGUCGCUCUUAUCACCAUUAGAGUUAUCACCAGUAAUAGAUAAUCAUAAGUAAUGAUAAUAGUAUGAUAAACAGAUUACGUUGUUUUCACUCGUCAGUCAUCACUCAAUACUCAUUCACAAUAUUCGCUUCACUUUGUACUGUAGUUCAGUUCUUCAGUUAAUGAAAUGUUACCGUGCGUUUCGUAUCGUCGUUACUCGCUACUGGCUUCGCAUCAGAUAAGACGUAAAUACUAAAUUUAAAAUAAUAAUAUUAUUGUACUGGAAGUGUGACUGUAGUCAUAAAUUGCAUGUAUAAUUUGUAUGCCGACGACAAGACGUGCUCGUACGAACGGUUCGUUGGUCGGUACGCUGUGUCGUCCUACACGGUUCGCCGUUGUCGAGUCGUAUCGAUUGUUUUCCGCCCCCGCAUGAUACUCAUGGAUACGACGAUAUAAUUAUUGUGAUAUUAUUAUAGUAACAACUAACAACCAUCCCGUCUUGUUGCUAAGUUAUAGUACGCUGUUUUCGAACGUAACAUUCUCUCCGACAUCUGUGAUUCUGCCGAGUGUCACAAAAACUGAUGUAAUUAUAUUGUACAUGAUACAACAGCAUACCUACUGUUACCUGCCUGCUCAGGUGUGUGUGCUGCCUACAUACUAUUAUAGACGAGUGGUUCGUUAUUUCGUUGUUGCCAUCCUUCGCGAGAUCCACUUUCCGAAAAUGGACCAAGCACAUUAUGACGAAGGAUUUCCAAAAGAAAAUGAAAUUAUUGAAUUGUUACCAUGCAUAAUAUGCAAUCGUUCAUUCCGUCCAAGUUUAUUACAACGUCACUCAACUAUAUGCCAAAAAAACGCUAAAAAACGUAAGGUACCAUUUGAUUCGUCUAAACAGCGUAGACAAGGUACUGAUAUGGCAGCAUAUUUACCACAUAUGAAAAAGGCUCAAGAUGCCUAUAUUGGCAUAGAAAAUUCAAAAAAAAACUGGAAAGCUAAGCAUGAAGAGCUUGUUAGAGCUGUGAAAGCAGCACGAGGUGAAAAAGUUGAUGAAAAACUACCGACUAAACCUGUUGACUCUGAAGAAUGUCCACAUUGUGCACGAAAUUUUGGACCUAAAUCGUAUGAUCGACAUGUAGAGUUUUGCAGAGAAAAAGCUCAGCGAAUAUCUACUGCACCAGUGAUAAGUCAAGUAGCUAAAGAACGGCUUGAAGCAAGAAUAAAAUACCGUGCUCCUCCACUUAAGUCACAGCGUACAGUUACUAAAGAGAAAUAUUCUCCAAAAAUUAAAAGUUUUACUCGAGAUGUUUCAAGUGUACCAAUAAAAGUGAUACAACCAUUAAAAACUAUUAAAAAAAGAACCCCGCCAAAUAGAAAUAUUGUAUCUAAUAUCCCACGUCAACUGUCAACAGUAGUGAAAAAGAAAGACCAAAUAUCAAAAAGUCUCAAUGGGGUUAAAAAUAAAAUAUACUUGCCUCAAAAGCCAGAUCUAAAAAAUGAAACAGUUAUGAAGAAAUCUGAAUCGGCCUAUAUCCUUAGUUCUCAAAAUCACAUAAAACAAGGAGUUAAUAAGAUGGUCAAUAAUUUUGACAAAAAAAAAAUUUCAAAGUCCCAACCACAUUUGGAUAUUUACAACCCUUGUUUGGAUAGCUACGAUCCAUUUAAAUCAGCUGAACAACAAAUGAAAGAACUCGAUCUAGACAUAAACAUAAUUGACAUUGGUCUUAAAAAUCCAUUAAAUAUUACCACAUCUGAUAAUAUAGAAAAUCUUCAAUUGUCUCCAACAUCUGCAUUCGUUAAAUAUUCACCAGUCUCUCCUUUAGUAUCGUCUCCAGAUAAUAUUGAAAACGCAUUUCCCAAUGAAUUUCACUCUGACACUAAUCUUAACAGUCAUCCUUUACAUAAUCUAAGCAAUUUAAGUUUGUGUUCUAUUGUUAGUAUUGAAUCAGCUGAUUUUAAUAAUAAAACUCAUAGUGCUAUGGUACGAGGUACAGAUCAUCCAAAAAGUCCUACAAAACGAAACAUCGCUCAUAAUCAUAAAAAACAUAUAGCUAUUGAAAAUAUGCUUUAUGGUGAUAAUGAAAAAGAUAAAUCAAAUCUCAAUUUUGAUUUGGCGGAACGAGAACUUUUAAAAUCUGUGUCGGAAUUUGAAAACUUGUUGAAAAUAACAGAUGAUGAUGAUAUAGUAUCACCAUCUUUGAAUAGAACCUCUGCCCUUAGUAUGAUCAACGGAAUUAAUUCUAAUAGCAGUGCUGAUUCAGCUUACGGAAGCUUGAACAGAAAAACUGAGCAGGCAACAACAGAUAAUUAUCUUACAUUGCUGAAAGCUGCUAAAUUUUGUCAUGAAUGUGGAUUCAAAUAUCCAAUUGUUGAUAUUAAAUUUUGUACUGAGUGUGGAAUGCGUCGCAUUGUAUCAUGAUCGAGUUGCUUCAAUUUCAAUAUUUAUGUUUUAUUGAGGGUAUUAAGAAAAUGUGUUAAAUUUGUAGUGUAGAGUAUAUUUUAAUAUUUUUAUACUUAUAUAAUUAUAAAUUAUAAUCAAUAAGCUAACACAAUUUAUAAUAAUUAUUAUUAUAUAAAGUUGCAUUAUUUUGUUUAACCCCUGAGACUGAUUUUUUGGAAUGAAAUUAGUUUGAGUGUAUUUUAUCACUUAAUUUAUUUUAUAUUUUACUAAUUCAACAAGACCAAAGUAUUAACAAUAAUAUAAUUUUUUUACAACAAUAUUGCUAAGGUAAUCAAAAUAUAAAUUUUUAUUCGCUUACAUUCUAUAUCUACAUUACUUUAAUUGGUUAUAGUCUCCUUAGUUCUCUUUUAUAAUGUGUAAACAAUAAAUAUACAAUCAUAUUGAAUUGUAUAUCUCAUAAAUGAUACGAUUUCUUAACCUACACGGUAAUUCAUCCUAUACAAUAGGUACUUCAUACUAUUACUAAAUUAACACUAUACAUCUAGAUACGCGGCUAAAUUGUUAGAAAAAAAAUAGUGUCUAUACAAUAAUAAAUCACUAAAUAUAAAUUUUUUGUGUUUCAUUUUCACAUUAAGUGUAAUUAUUGUAUAAUAAUAUUUUUUCAUCUUAGUGGCCAAUACAUUCAAUUACUUUCCAUAUUAAAAGUAUUGUAACUUAAUAUAGAUUAUACACCAAGCAACUACCUAUACUAACUAGUAACUUAAAAUUAUGUUAUUUCUUAUGGUUAAUUAAGAUACCUAUACUCUAAUAAAUUUAAUCAACAGGAGUGUUACCAAAGGAUUUAAUUUCAUACUUCGAGAAUGUAUUAAAUAUUUCACCUAAAUGUAUACAAAAACAUUAAAAUAUGAUAAAACUAUUUUAAUUAGGUACUUUUUCUAAAAAAAAUUUUUUCUCAGUAUUUGUUAUUUUCAAUUGUUUUUAAUUAUUUAGAUAUAUAUAUCAUAUAUAUUGUACUAGGUAGGGACACUUUCAUUUCUUCACCCUCUUCACUAACCCAAUUUAUUGAUUUUAAUAUUCAUCAUAUUUACAGAUUUACUUGUAAUUUUUUUUUUUUUUUUUAACAUUUAUUUAGAAAAUAUACAAUCUGUAAGGUUUUUUACAAUAGGCAUAUAUGCGGUGUUUAUGUGAUUUUAACGUGAGUUGACAUGAUUUUAAGGAACUACCCAACAGUAGUACUUAUGGCUUGAGGGACUUGUAAUUUAAGAUUAGUUUUAUGAAAGUUAACUCACAAGACACAAACUAUAUUCAUUGUAAUUUUGUCUUAGUAUACCUAGUUUUUUUUUUAUAAAAUUUGUCAAGAAAGAUAGUAAGUUAAUAGAAACAGAAAAUUAUAUAAUAUGACUUGCCGUUAUUUACAAGUGUGAGUCCAAAGAGAUUUGGAAUCUAGUUACUAAUAAUUUUUUUUUGACUCAAAAUUCUAUAUAGAUAUUAUCUUUAAAUGCCAACUGUUUGAACAUAAAUCUUUUUAGAAAUUGUAUUCUUCUUUUGUCACAUCCAUGUAUAUUCUAUUAUAGCUGUAACUAGAGAGCCUUUAUAUAUCUAGGCUCUCUAACUGUAACUGCAUAUGUAAAGGUUUAUUUGAUUUUUUAUAGAUGUUAUACCAAAUUUAACAGUUUUUAAUUAUCUUUCCUUAGAUACCUACUGGUUUUUUUUUUAUCGUUUUUAUUGUUACAGAAAUGUAUAUUUUCCAUAGAUAAUAUAAGAGUACCUAUAUAUUAUAUUAUCUAUUAUGAUAUUUUAGUCAAUUUUUUUGUUUUUUUGAAUAAGCUAUUAACAGUAUUUUAAAAUGUGAAAGUGUGGUGCUAUAAUAAUGUAGUAUUAAUAAGUCAUUAUUCAUAGAUUAUGUAUUAAUUAUCAUAAUUCAUAAUUAUAAUCAACACAUUUCAUGUUUGUGUAUUAUGCCAAAGAAAGCUAUUAUUACUCAUGUAUUAUUUAUUGAUUUCUUCUACAGCUGUUCAAAUAAUGGAUUAUUUCCGUAUGUGUUACCAGUACAUAAAUUGAUACUUUAAUAUAAUUAAUAUUAAUAAUUGAGUGUAGGUAUUCAAAGAAGAAACAUUGGCACAAUUCACAAAGUUGAUUACCAACAUUUAAUAAUAUUUUUUAGCUUAUUUUUCAUAAUGAAAAUAUUGCAUUCCUCUAUUAAAAUGACGUACCUAAUAUUAUAAUUUUGAAACAACUAAAUAGUAUGUAUUCAAUUUUUGUUAACUCCUGGAUUUAUGUAUUAAUAAAUGUUUUAUUUAAUUUUAUAAAUUAUUUUUGUUGUUACACGAGUAAUAAUAUAUGAUUUUACUUUAUUUACAGUGUUAAUAGUUUAAUACUUUAGUCACUCUGUUGUCAUGCAUUUUUUUUUAAUUUUGUAACUGCUUAACCAGUGUUAUUUGAUAUUUAUUAUUUAAAAUAAUAAAAUUUCUAAGUAUUAAAUCA